GGGGCUUAGGGCUGCUGCCGGUGCCAGAGAGCAGGCGUGCAGGAGGUUGCGGGAGCUGCUGAGAGCCAGCGGGUGAUUUCGUGCAGUUUUCCGGCUCCUCCCAUUCCCGAAGUAGAUAAUGGACAUCACUGAGGCUCCUACAGCCUCCUGGUCAGGAAGUGUCCAAGAAAGUGUCACAAUAGAAGACGACUUACCCCGGCCUGCUGUGAAACAGCAACUCAGUCAAGGAGCAAAACAGAGCAUGUCCAGUAAAACGGGGAAGAAGAGUAAGAGAGCAUCUGAUGCCUCUUCAUCCUCAGAGGAAGAAGAAUAUGUGGUAGAAAAGGUGCUUGAUCGAAGAGUGGUGAAGGGACAGGUGGAGUAUCUCCUCAAGUGGAAAGGCUUCUCUGAGGAGCACAAUACAUGGGAGCCUGAAAGAAAUUUGGACUGCCCUGAACUUAUAUCCGAAUUUAUGAAGAAGUAUAAAAAGCCCAAGGAGGGUGAACCUAGACCUAAGACGGAAAGCACGAAAAGGAAAGCUGGAAACGAAGAAAUUCGAGCCAAGAAAAGGAGAGAUAGUAAUGACAUUGCUCGAGGCUUUGAGAGGGGUCUGGAACCAGAGAAGAUCAUUGGUGCUACAGAUUCGUGUGGGGAGCUGAUGUUUCUCAUGAAAUGGAAAGAUUCAGAUGAAGCAGAUCUGGUCCUAGCUAAAGAAGCCAAUGUGAAAUGUCCCCAAAUCGUCAUAGCAUUUUAUGAGGAGAGACUGACUUGGCAUGCCUACCCAGAAAACACAGAAAACAAAGAGAAGGAAGCCGUAAAAAGCUAAAGCGCUCUACCUCCCCGUGUACAUACCUCUCCUUGUCUACACUCAUAAGUACCAUUGCCCUACACUCCAUACUCGUUCCGGUCCACUUUUGUCAAGAGAAAAAAAACUAAACGUUAUUUUGCGUUCGUAUAGUUAACCCUUUCCUGAAGCAGUCCAGCAGGACCAUUUGCACAAUAACGAAAACUCCUUCUAAAGGAUGCACUGUAGAUGUUGGAAACUUUGCGACUGUCACUUCUCCCCUUUUUUAAACAAUAUUAACGAGAACAACUAAUCCUCUACAGUGUUAGGAAUGGGGUCAAGAGUUCUAUAUAUAUAAUGGGUUGUGGUGUUUAUUGGGUUGCAGUCUGGCUCGGUUGUGAAAGGACAUCCUCUAUUAACAGUGGUCAUUUUGUGUAUUGUGAAGGGGAACCUCGCUGCUUACUUCAUUUCUAGACAAAUGUUCUUUAAGGAAAAAGACUGUUUUUUUGUAUUGUUUUAAAUAUUUUUUAAGAUAUCUGUAUACUGUGAUGUUGGGUCUCUCUGCAUAUCCUCAUGUUGUGCCUGCAGAAGUGUGGGAUGGACUACCGGCAAGGAACCAGAUUAUCUCACAUUUGGUAAAAGGAAUCCGGGGGGCCGCGGGUCCAUAUGGGGAAUGUAACUGUGAGAAGCACUUUUUAUCAAAGACGCUAAGUGCAAAUAGAUACCAUAAUCUGUGACACUGGGAGUGUUAAAGAGACAGUGUGGCUUUUGUAUGUGUGGUCCAUUUAAUGUGCCAUUAUUUAGUAUUAUAACGUCAUGUUUUUAAUAAUCCUACUGGAGGCCAAAUGAAUGCCGCAAAAAUGAGUAUUGAGUAUGUAAUGCCCAUUUAGAAUGUUGUAGUGAAGCUUAAUGAAUUUUUUAAUAUUUCAUGUCUUAUAUCAAAUUUAUUCUGCUCUUGGGGUUUUAUAGAGUUUUUAGAUGUAACCUAGAUAGACAGUAGAUGUUAUUUUAUGUUAUGAAUUUAUUAGCCAUAACUCAUUUGCUCAUUUCUUUCACUACACUGCCCUGAAACAGGCAUGAAAAAGUAUUUUACUUCUGCAUCUGUGAGUACAUUGCCAGCUUCCAUCAAUGUAUUUAAACAGACUGUAUUUUAAAUAAAAGCUGCUUAUUUUAACAGAGUUUGUGUAGAACAGAAAAGACCGUUAAUACUAAAUGUGCAUUUUUCCCCUCGACGCUGAAGCGCCACGUGAAUGAGUUUUUAGCUCAACCUAUAGACUGCCGGGAGGUCAUACUACCAAGUAAUCCUCGGAAUAUGAUGAUAUAUUUUGGAGGUGAGGAUCAGGUUGUAGUUUGCACACUGAUGGAAAGCAAUGGCUUAAAUGACUACUUCUAAUCAAAUUCCGCAGAGUAUAUGAAUGAGCGUUUCUGGAGAAAAGCAGAUAUCUGUUGCAGAUACUAAGUAUUUUUUAUACUUAAGCAUAAUUUUAAUUUGCAUAUGUCACACGGAACAGAAGACAUACUUAUUUCUUAGGUCUGCUUUUGACUAGUUUGAUGUGCAGUGUUUACCUAAAAUGUAAUGUGUAAACUGCCAAAAGCGUUAUCUAACAUAGAUAUCAACAUUAUCACAAAAACGAUUGCUUUCUAAUAUUUCCAAACUGUCAAUAUUUGUAAAGUUUUUAAAAUAAUAAAAGAUCAUGCUGGUU